CGCAGACUCAAUCCCCGCCGCAGCUCGCUGCGUUUCCGUAGCCAGUUCGCUACCCGCUGAGCCCUGGUUGGGGGAAAGCAGCUCACGGAAACGAUUGAUCCCGAUCGAAUAAAAAGCUGGCCACGUAAAUGGCGGAUUAAACACCGACAUCGGAAGGGACUCGCGGAAUCGAUGUGCGUGACUCGGGCGCUUUUUGGGGAGUGCGCUGGCAACACCCUCCGUAACAUGCGAGAUGUACACAGAAAGAAAUUAACUGUGCGUUAUUUCGGCUAGCUAGCUAGCGGCUAUCCCCCCCCCUCCUCUCCUCUCCGUCCAGUUUAUGGUGGCUCGCUUGAUCCGUUUUCUCACACGUCGCGUCCGUACCGGAGGAAAAUGAAGAAGUUUAACAUUAGGAAGGUGCUGGACGGCUUGACAGCGGCUUCCUCUUCCUCCUCCUCAUCCUCCGCCGCCACCUCUCAGCCCGGUGCUCCCAGGGAAAACGAUGUUGUCCAGGAGACUCUCCAGUCGGAGCAUUUCCAGCUUUGCAAGACUGUGCGUCAUGGCUUCCCGUAUCAACCGUCCUCGAUGGCUUUUGACCCCGUGCAGAAAAUCUUGGCCAUCGGGACUCAGACUGGAGCUUUGAGGCUGUUCGGCCGUGCGGGCGUGGAAUGCUACUGUCAGCACGAGAGCGGUGCCGCGGUCAUCCAGCUCCAGUUCCUGAUCAACGAGGGGGCGCUGGUGAGUGCCUUAGCUGAUGACAGCAUCCACCUGUGGAACCUGAGGCAAAAAAUUCCUGCUAUCCUGCAUUCCCUCAAAUUUAACAGGGAGAGAAUCACAUACUGCCACCUGCCCUUCCAGAGCAAAUGGCUGUACAUCGGCACGGAAAGAGGAAACAUCCACAUCGUCAACGUGGAGUGCUUCACUCUCUCAGGCUACGUCAUCAUGUGGAACAAAGCCAUCGAACUAUCCACCAAGACACACCCAGGGCCUGUUGUGCACAUCAGUGAUAACCCCAUGGAUGAGGGCAAGCUCCUGAUUGGAUUUGAGUGCGGGGUAGUGGUGUUGUGGGAUUUGAAGUCCAAAAAAGCUGACUACCGCUACAAUUAUGAUGAGGCAAUCCACUCAGUCGCCUGGCACCAUGAGGGUAAACAGUUUGUUUGCAGCCACUCCGAUGGCACUCUGACCACGUGGAAUGUACGAGCCCCGGCCAAGGCUGCACAGAUCAUCACGCCACAUGGGAAGCAGCCUAAAGAUGGAAAAAAGCCAGAACCAUGCAAGCCUAUCCUGAAAGUGGAGUACAAAACAACAAGGGCUGGGGACCCGUUCAUGGUCCUGUCUGGAGGCCUGUCUUACGAUACAGUGGGGAGGAGAGCCUGUCUGACUGUGAUGCAUGGGAAGAGCACUGCCGUCCUGGAGAUGGACUACCCCAUCGUAGAUUUCCUAACGCUGUGUGAAACUCCAUAUCCAAAUGACUUUCAGGAGCCUUACGCCGUGGUGGUCCUCCUCGAGAAGGAUUUAGUUGUAAUAGACCUCGGACAGAUUGGGUACCCGAUAUUUGAGAAUCCAUACCCUCUCACUGUCCACGAGUCACCAGUGACCUGCUGUGAGUAUUUUGCCGACUGCCCUGAUGAAAUUAUUCCUGCACUUUACUCGGUCGGCAGUCGGCAAAAGAGACAAGGUUUCAGCAAGAAGGAAUGGCCGAUUAGUGGGGGAAACUGGGGCCAAGGAACGCAGAGUUACCCAGAGAUUAUAAUCACCGGACAUGCUGAUGGAUCAAUCAAAUUUUGGGAUGCUUCUGCAUUAAUGCUCCAAGUGCUGUACAAGCUGAAGACUGCCAAGGUUUUUGAGAGGGCUCGCGGUAAGGAGGAGAAGGCAAACACGGACAUAGUGGACGAGGACCCGUUUGCCAUCCAGACAUUGUCCUGGUGUCCCGAGAGCAGGAUGCUGUGUGUGGCCGGCGUGUCGGCCCACGUUAUCAUCUACAGGUUCAGCAAACAGGAAGUCACCACUGAAGUUGUGCAGCUUUUAGAGGUGCGGAUGCAGUGUGACUUAAGUGACGUGGACUCCCCUGACCCGGGAGGGGAUCAGACCCCAACGCUGCCGACCCCGGGAGCUUCAUCCAGCCCUCAGGAGAGUGAGCCUCCCACUCAGCCCUCUACAGGCAGUAACUCCUCUGACGGACCCCGGGACAACAUACCGUGCCUACAGGUGCGGAGCUCCCCGCUGAAGCAGUCUCCGGGCUACCAGGUGGAGCUGGUGAUCCAGCUGGUGUGGGUGAGCGGGGAGCCGCCUCAGCAGAUCACCAGCCUGGCAGUCAAUUCCUCCUAUGGCCUUGUGGUGUUUGGAAACAGCAACGGUCUGGCUGUGGUGGACUACCUCCAGAAAACUCUGCUUCUCAACAUGGGCACGUCGGAGCUGCACAGCCCAUCUGACCCCUACCAGAGGCAGCCUCGCUCCCCGCGUAAAGCUCGGCAGCCCUCCGGAGCGCUGUGCGAUUCCAACGACGGGUCCAACGCCUCAGAGGACCGCUGCAAAUCACCUACUUCAGGAUCUACCUCACCCUGCAAUUCAGAUGAUGAACGAAAGCAGAAGUUCAUAGAGAAGGUGAAGUUCAAAAGCAGACGCUUUUCCAAGACGGUUGCCAAUGACUUUGCCAAGAUGUCGCGGAAAAUUAGCUCGUCUAGUGAGCAAAAGACAGACCAGGAGAAUAAGCGAUGGCGUUCUCUGACUUGUAAGAAGCGCCCUUGUGCAAAAGACUGCCAACUCGUGUCCCGGAUGAACCAGAAGUGGGGGAUCUGUAGAACUAAGUCAGAUCCAAACUGCUAUGCCAAGGAUAACUCAUUCACCCGUUCACGUAGCUCAAGUGUAACCAGCAUAGACAGGGAAUCUCGAGAGGCCAUCUCCUCCUUUUACUUCUGCGAGAGUUACCCCAGGAAGUCGGACAGCGCGCUCAGCCCCUGUCUGCUGGUGGGCACCACCCAUGGCUCUGUGAUGAUGGUGGCCCUCAGUCUGCCGCCGGGUGCGGACCAGAGGCUGCAGCAGCCGGUCGGCAUCGCCUCCUGCGGCACUCUGAUCAGACUCAAAGGAGGCAUUUUAACUAUGGCGCUGCUGGACGCUACUGGAACUCUGCUGCCCCCUCCCUACGAGUCAUGGUAUGACCCUAAUGCCUCGGAUGAAGAGAAGGAGAAGGGCCGGAGGCGCAGGCCAGGCUCCCCUCCCUCGUCGCAGGAGGGCACGGACACCCAGUUCGCCAUACUGUGUUCGGAGAAGCAGGCCAAGGUGGUGGCCUUGCCCUCCCAAACCCGCAUCUACAAACACAGCAUCACAGAAACCUCCUUCGUCCUCAGAGCCGACGUCGUGCAGAUGGCCGGAGCCAACUGCAUCGCCUGUUUCUGCGCUAACGGGCACAUAAUGACUCUCAGUUUGCCCAGUCUACGGCCUCUGCUGGACGUUAACUACCUGCCGCUGACAGACAUGCGGAUAGCGAGGACGUUCUGCUUCUCUAACCUGGGUCAGGCUCUGUACCUCACCUCGCCUACUGAGAUCCAGAGGAUCACCUACAGCCAGGAGACCUGUGACAACCUGCAGGAGAUGCUCAGCGAGUUAUUUACCCCUGUGGAGACGCCAGAGGCUCCAAACAGAGGUUUCUUCAAAGGGCUUUUUGGGGGAGGAGCUCAGUCUCUGGACAGGGAGGACCUCUUUGGUGAAACGUCUGCCGGUAAGGCCUCUCGUAGCCUGGCCCAGCACAUCCCCGGCCCAGGCGGCAUGGAGGGCAUGAAGGGCGCGGCGUCGGGGGUCGUGGGCGACCUCGCCCGGGCCAGGAUAGCCCUGGACGAGAGGGGGCAGAAGCUGGGGGAGCUGGAGGAGAGGACCGCGGCCAUGAUGUCCAGCGCGGAGUCCUUCUCCAAACACGCCCAUGAUAUGAUGCUGAAGUACAAAGAUAAAAAGUGGUACCAGCUCUGAUGGCAGCGUGUGGAUGGAGCUUCGGACUCUGUAAUCACGCACACCAGUAUCUCUGAGGAGGUUCCUCUUCUCUUCUCUAUUUCUCCCCACGGCGGGGGGGGUUCUGCUCAACGGAUUCUUUUUCUUUUACUUUUAUUUUUUUUUUGUGUGUUUCUCAGCACAAUAUCAUCACUCUGCAUUACCUCAGUCACCGGAGGACUGCCGCAGAGUACAGACUGGCCGACGCAGUGAUGAGAAUGGAGCGAAAUGGAAGAAGAGAAGCUCCGUGGGAAUCUCUCUUUCCAUUUCACCGAUGAUUUAACAUCAGAGCGACAGAGAGAGAGGGCACCUACCAUAUCCAUCAUGCACUCGUAUAUGUCACAUAUAUAUGUAUAUAUAUAUAUACACACACACACUUUGCUGUUUUGUUCUGAAAGAGGAAAGACAGUUCUGCAAAAAAACAAAAAAAACAAAUGGACUUGUGGUGGCCUGACUGCAAUUGUUCGUUUUGCUUCCUCUGCCCUUUAUGGUGUCUGCCAAACACAGUGGACUUAAAUGAGGAGAAAAGUCUGAUGACCCCAGGUCCUUCGAAUCUAAUCAAAGUUUCCGUCAGAAUGAUUUUGAAUCAAUGAAGGACUCCUUGUUCGUUUCAUGUUGUUUUUUUUUUUUGUUUUUUUCUAGUCUAAAUUAUUUUUUAGAGAUCGUCCUCUGCCCUUUGUCCGUCUUUUUUUUUUUUUUUUUUUUCAUUGUCAUUAUUUGUCCAGAAAGGGCCUUUCAAAGCACUUAAAACAGUAGAAGAACAAUGGACAGGGAGAUGAUGAAUCUGUUGCCUCUCACCGAAUAAGGGCUGGUAGUACGCUAGUUCAUCACCCACCGUACCUUUUACAGCGUUUUCCAAACCGGGUUGUUUUAGGCGAGAACUCGAUGUUCUCUGAGAGUCACUUUGGUUUUACUUUGAAAUUAUUUAUUGGGACAAGUAUAGAAGUGUGUAUGUUGGGCAUUAAAUUUGAUGCGCAAAAAAAAAAAAAAGCUAAAGAGUUUACAUUAAUGUGUCAGAGAAAGUGAGCCGAUACACUGGAAAUAGUCUCACAUCUAAUGAAGGAAGGAUGAUGAUGAUGAUGAUGAUGAUGAUGACCAUGUGUUCAUGGGCAACAUGAAUAUUGUCCUUAAUAUAAUUAGCAUAAAUGUAUAUUUUGGUUACGAAUUUAAGUAUUCUGUGACAGAAAUCGAUCUGUGUGUGAUUUAUUUUUCUGUCGUAGAUGAAGAAGUUUUUUUUUUUUUUUUUUUUUUGCCUCAUUUCUCAACAUGUAAGGAUUAAAGCAUGUGUCUCUUACAGCACAAUGGAGGUUCCGAUGCUGUCUUUGUAUUUGUAGCUGCCAGUAGACGUGACCAAGCACAACGGAAAGUGUUCCACGCUGGUCAUCUCUGAACCGUUCACUUAAAAAAACAAAAAAAAAAAAACACAAAACAGUUUCUCUUCUUGCCUUUUGCCUCAUGACGCAUAUAUGCUAACCUCUACCUACGUGUGCAUCUGUGUGUUCGUGAACAUACAUGUAUUCAGGAAUAUGUGUAUGGGCGCCGAUGUUUAUAAUACUGCAUAGAUACAGCGUAUUACAAUAGGUCUUUUGAGGUUUUUUUUUUUUUUGUUUGGUUUUGCUUGACAGUGUUUUUCAGUGUGAUUAACUAUUGUAAUUAGAUUUCUCUCUCUUUUUUUUAUUUUUAUUUUUUUUCUCCAUGAGGUGCAAGGAUAUGCUGCUAUUUGUGUCAAUAUAGGAGCAUUAUCUGUCGGUCUUUUAUUUUGAAAAAAAGAGAGACUUUGUCGGUCCAGAUUGCUGCCAAAUGUUGUAAAUAGCGCGACAGCUGGACACAAAUCUGACAGUGCAGGUUCAGGCAGUGUGACAUACUGUACGCUUUGCGGCCGUGUUCUUUUCCGACACCAAAGAGUUGCUUAAUUUCACAAAGUUGUCUUGAUUUUUUUCCCUCCCCCUCCUAAAUGACAUUAAGAGUCGGUCAGGAUCAUUUGACUAUUGCACUCUUGAGAAGUCUACUGUGCGUGAAGGGGAAAGUAGGAUUGGCUUUGCUUCUUCUUAAUGGGCGUGACUCAUUCAUCACUGUCCCCGAAACCGUUGUACACGUGUAAAGCGAAUCAGAAGAGUUUCAUUCCAAAGUGACAAAUCCACGAAAGAAGUAAACGGAGGCCGAGCGAAGGCACGGAGUCAUCAUUUUAAUUUUAUUUUUGGAUAUAAAAUCACACCAAAAAUGUUUUAUCUGAGCUGGAUAUGUCACAUUUUGGGAUAAAGCCCUUCUCUUUUAGAUGGCUGGUUUUAAUCUGCUGUAUACUACUGAGGUAAACCCAUUUGGAAGAGCAGUCAUGUGGGUUUUGCACUAUUUUUUGUACUUAAAAUAAUUUUGUUAAAAUAAUUUCAAUGUCUUUAUUCCUUCGUGUCCCAUUUUUCUUGUUUUUUGUUUUUAUUUUGUUUUUUUCAAAGGACCAAAACAUGACAGAACCUAUGCUUAUCUAUGUCGUUUGCCAAUUAUGCUGAUUGCUUCACUCUCAGAUUUGUUUUCAACGUCAGGUUAAUGAUACUAUGAUAUAUUUAUAUAUUUGAAAACAAAUAUAUAUAUACUUUUAAUUUCAAUAAUCUAUUAAAGAUGAAUACCUUUAAUGUCAUUUUGGGAUAGAACUACUCACGUUUAAUGUCCAAGCAAUGGUUGUGCAUAAUUAUCCAUCAUCCAGACAUGACAAUAAACAUUUUUCUGGUAUAUAUUGAACAUGCUCAUCUUGGAUUUAAGCUUUGCUACUGCAAGAGGAUCAUCUCCUUUCGGUGGGCCGCUGAGUCUUUCUACAAAAGUGUGGCCUCAACUUUAAAGUGCUUCAGUUUGCAACAUAUAUGUCCUAAAUGGUCUCUUAUUGCACAUUGAAGGAUGCAUGAUAUUAAGUGUUUACAAACUUGAAACAACCAUGUAUUAUCCCUCUUAGAGAUUGUCUGUCCUGGCAUUUGUAUUAACCACCAUGUUGAACAAAACUGAAGUUGUCGUCACACACCAGAAGCCCAUUUUCGUUUGAAACAUGCCAACUGUAUACGUGUGAGAGAUUAUAUUUAUUUUAUUGGUACAUCUGUUAAUGUUACUGUUUGCUUCAUUUAAAAAAAACUCUCGCUUCCCUCUGCGCUGUAGAAACGCGCCGAAGUCUAAGCUAAGCUCGCAGCGCCGUGCGGGAGAGCGCCGAGGGUUUUCCUCACUCGCCAUACUUCCAUCCAUCUGUCUUCUGGGAUGAAUAUCUGUGCAGUUGCAGUAUUUUCUCAUUGUAGGCAAUUUUUGUACAGUUUUAUUAAAAUAAAUUUCACAUGGAUGUCUGACUUAAUCUGCUGCCACAAACAAUUUAGACUGUAGAUACAGUAUAUAUAGAUAUUAUUGUGCAAUGGAAAAUAAAUGUAAAACCAAUCAUAA